UGCUUCUACUCACAAUAACUUCUUCUUCAACCAUGAGUGAACAGUUCAAGUUUAGAAGAGCAGAAACCCCAGAAAAAAUCAAACAGGUGUGUGAGUUGGCCCAGGAGUGGUUUCUCACCUCCAUGACCCCUGAAAAUGCCGGGCUGAUCAUGCUUGAAAGUAUCUCAAUGCGCAAGGAUAUCACCCAAGUAUACUACCUCGAACAUACCAAAACCAAUAAACCCGUUUGUAUGGUGCAAGUGAGCCACCGUGGUGCAUACUACAGCGACUCGCCCACCGCUAGCGGGCCCUCGUCGGCCCCCAACCCCGACACCUUCGGCGUCAAGCCUGCUACCGCGUUGAUGAUUGGGUUUGUGUUCACGGCUCAAGCCUACAGAAAAUUGGGGUUAGCCAACCGGUUGAUUAGUGCCGUCAUCGAGUACGUGGAGAAGGAGUUGAUCAAGGAAAACAUCAGCAAGAGUGAUAAACUGAAGCCCGACAGCUUUGCUUCGAUGGUGAUGAACAACGGUCAACUCGACUUAAACUUGGCCAACUACUACUUGGGUAAGAAGUAUGCGUGGGUGCUCUACUCGGCCGUGGGCAACUUUUACGAGCGGUUCGGCUUCAAGGCUUUCCCAGUGGACUUGUUCAAGGUUCCCACGUCGGUGUUGACGGAUUCGCAGCAGCGUUUGCUCGAAGCAUUGAUGGACUCUUCACCCGAAGCAAAGGCCAGGGGUAAGCAUUUACGGUAUCUCGACUCGUCCAAGCCACAGGACCGAGACUUAGUGUCAUUCAUCAUGCAGAACAAGGAAUUGGAGAUUUUGACCGAAUUGAACAAGCUGACUUUCCAUUCGGAAUUGACGGGUGGCCGCAAGUCCAGUUCUUCUCUCACCAAUAUUACCGACACGUUGGCCAUGAGUAAGCUCGCAUCGCAAACGGAAAUGACAAGUAUUUCGGAGACGGCAGGUGCUACGCCCGUGGCCCAGAGAAAGUCGUCCGUCACCGUCCUCUCCUCGGCCAAGUUCGCCAUGAAGCCUGAUGUUGAUAUUUACAAGGCCACCAACUUUCUCAGCAACAGCAGAUUGGCGAGCACCGAAGGGUUUACCGCCGAGAACGAGCGCUACAACCACAUCGAGGGGGCCAUUUUCACCAACGAGUUGCAGCAGAAGUCUUACUUUAUUCUCUGGUCAACGUUGAUUGCGCAAUUUGUGGUGGUGGGAGUGGGUGAAUUACAAUUCAAUAUGUUUGGCCCCACCACCGAUCCUUUGGGCAAGAGAAGUGACCAGAGACGUCGUGGAUCUUCAUUUAGUGGGUUGAAUGAUCUUGGUGGCUAUAAUUUCCAGGACUUGGAUAUCUUGUUUUCGGCUGCUUGUCUGGUUGCAAAAAAGAGAGCGCUCGAAGACAAAAACUCCAUUUAUGUUGCAAUCAACGAUUUGCCCAACACCAUCCCUGCUCCCAUGCUCAGCGACUACUUUUUGCACUAUUUGCCCAAGACACACCUUGGGGCUGAUUCUGACAAGUCGUUGGCCCCAGAAAACCAGGUGGAGCUUUAUGCUUCUAAUAAGUUUGUGUUGCCGAUGUUGCGGAGGUUUGGAAAGGAGCUGGCAGAAUUUGACUUGGACUGGGUCGCCAACGGAAUGUUGUCGUGGGGCUAGCGGGAUGGCGGAGUUGGCCUAGGCUAGCGAUGCGACAUAGCCGAAAAGUUAACUAUUCCCAGCUUUUGUUUUUAGUAUCAUAGACUUUUAUGUAAAUGGUGUAUGCAUU